GUUUGCAGAAAUUGUACUAUUUAAUUAUACGAAUUUAUUGUAACUUACAAUUUGUAAGUUUGUAAGUAUCAACUACAUCAAGUCAUAAUUAAAUGAUACCGGAUUCUUCUGAACAAAAUAACUACUAAAAUUCAAGUGCAAAUAACUUGGGUUUAAACUGGUAAUAACUACACUAAUCUAAACAGUGCUAAAAUAAAGCAGAGGGUGACCUUUAACCUAUCCUGAUAAGAGAUCAAUCAUCAUCAUAUCAUCGGGAUUGACUUACUCGUAUUCGUCCUCCCUCAACGACAGAAAUGAAUAAAAUCAGGCGAUCAGUGUACCGCUUGUACUUGACCACCACAACGAGUACGGGAUCCUUAUUCGCUGGUCACUUGCCUUCUUGCAGCAGUUUCCGGUCUCGCCAAAUUUCUUCAAGCUGCAAAAUGUCGUCAAGGGAGCAAACACAAAAGGCCACGAGGUCUGAGGGGGAAGUCAUUUUUGAAGAAAUUAAGGGGAAAGGGGUCAUCACUUUGAAUAGGCCGAAAGCCCUCAAUGCUCUCAACUUAAGUAUGAUCGAGUCAAUUUUUCCCGUUUUGAAGGAAUGGGAAUCGGCGAAUAAACAGUUCGUAAUUAUUAAGGCUGAAGGAGGCAAAGCAUUCUGUGCCGGAGGUGACAUCAAAUCUGUUACCGAUUCAGCCAAAGAAGGAUCUAAUUUAUAUAAAGAGUUUUUCAAAAGAGAAUAUUUCCUGAAUAACCUGAUCGGUACGUUGACCGUUCCAUAUAUUGCUCUCAUCGAUGGGAUUACGAUGGGUGGUGGGGUGGGUCUCUCGGUUCAUGGACCUUAUCGUGUCGCCACAGAGAGAACGAUGUUUGCCAUGCCGGAAACUGCCAUAGGACUUUUUCCCGAUGUCGGAGGGAGUUAUUUCCUACCUCGACUGGGGGGCAAGUUAGGUCUCUAUUUGGCCCUCACGGGAUAUCGGCUCAAAGGCGGGGACACGUUCAAAGCUGGCGUUGCGACCCACAUGUGUCAAAGCAAUAUGCUCCCCAUGCUGGAACAAGACCUAAUCAGUUUGGAUUCUCAUAAACCUCAAGAUAUUGAGCAGGUCCUCAAAAAAUACCAUGACCAAUGCCCCGACAUCAAAAAACCCUUCAGUCUCGACCCCCACAUGGUGGACAUUAACAAAUUCUUCAAUGCUGGAUCUGUUGAAGAAAUUAUUUCCAAUUUGAACAAGAGUGGGUCCGAGUGGGGAAAGAAGACUGCGGAAAAUUUAGGAAAAAUGUCCCCCACGUCGCUUAAAAUAUCGUUAAAACUCUUAGAAGUUGGUGCUACCCUAGACCUUCAAGAAUGUUUGCAAAUAGAGUACAGACUGACUCAGAGGUGCUGCGAAGACCAUGACUUUAUAGAAGGAGUACGAGCAUUGUUAGUGGACAAGGACCAGAAUCCAAAGUGGAAACCCAAUACAUUGGAAGGUGUGACGAAUGCCACUGUCGAUAAAUAUUUUUCAGAACUUCCUUCCGACAGAGAAUUGGCUUUAUAAUUAGUAUUUCACUUUCAUGCCAUGUCUGGUUUAAGUUACGAGAGAAUCAGAGAUGCCUCCUAUUUUUGGUUAUAUACUAGUUUGAUUAAUGAAAUUCAAAAUUCUACUUGUUAAAAUUCAGUAUUUACAAUUUUUAUUUGUCCGUGUUGGAAAUUAUUGUAUUCGAUCAAAAAGACUUAUUUAUCCUUAAUAGCAGUAUAGUGUGUCGUCUCUGGUGGUGGUGAUGAAUCUAAUAAUCUAAACUAUAGGAAACAGCGAGAAAAAAAUAAACUAAAAGUUGCUGGUUAUGCAAUCAAACACGAGUAAAAUAUAAUAAUGCGUGCUGCACAGAAUAUUAUGUAUUUUUAGAUGACCGAAUAAAUUUACUUUCUUUUAA